CAAAUUAAGAAUACUACUAGAGAACUGAGAUUUGUAAAGCUAGUAAAGAAAUUCUUAUAUUUAAUUAUUUUUAUAAAUGCUUUAUUUAUAAAUAAUAGAAAUUUUUUUUCCCAAAUCGGAUAUAUUCUAAGAGUUACUAGAAGUAUUCUAGCUUCGGAACUUUAUAAUAUGGCUUAUAGCUUUAAUAUAGGCGCUUUAGUCAAAUCUAUAAUUAAUAGAAUACUAGAAAUAGAACUAUUAUUAGUAGUCUAUACGGAUUUAAAGUUAUUAUACGAAUAUUUUAUUAAAUUAGAAACUAUUCGAGAAAAGCAUCUAAUAAUUAAUAUAAUAUAUUUUUACUAG